AGUUGGUGGAUCAUAUUUUUUACUUUUACUUUAAAAACCAUGGGUCACAAGGACGAUGCUGAAUGUCCACCAGCUGCAAGUGAUAACAAUCUAUUCAGGGCGUUUGCCAAUGCCCUUGCGGCCACAAUAGACACUCCCGUUACCUGGUUCCGCGAAUCCGUAGUUGUUCCCAACCAGAAGAAGUACCCGUGGUACCACCAGCAGUUCCGUCGAGUUCCCACCAUCGACCAGUGCUACACAGACGAUGUCGUCUGCGAUUUCGAGGCGAAUGCACAGUUCAAACGCGAUAGAGCUGUAGACAGUGAAAUCCUUAACAUCUUGCGCCAACGUUAUGAGGACUGUAUGAUGUAUGAGAACCCUGAUCACCUUACUGUCUGUAAGCCUCUUUGGGACAGGUACAAGGACGCCGAAGAAGCAUGGUUCAUUAAAUAUGGUGAUCUUGGCGCAUAUGCUGAUGCGAAGAAAGCAUACAUGAAACAAAAGCACCGCAUGAUUUGGGAAAGACGUAAUGGCAAGCUGUCGGAGCAGACAUAAUGAACUAAGAGAUCAACUUGAACUCCUCUCCAAUAAGUAGUUAUAUGUUAUUUGUGAUUGCAAUAAAUACAUACUAGUAAAAUUUUACU